UUCAAAGCUGUGUGAAGAGACAUCGAGACUACUUACUAAGCAGAGAGACACCAGUACCAACCAUGGGGUUAACCCCUCUUUUGGUGCUUUAUUUAGUACUCCAGUUCUCUGGGCAGACCCAAGCACAAAUAGAUUUUCCAGGACUCCCUCAGACUGUUUCUCUGCUUGAGAAUGCAAGCAAAGGAAGCAUUGUCUACAGUUUUACUAUGGAGAACUGCAACAUCACCAAACCAAGUGUAGUUAUGGAAGUGAACCCGGCUACCACUUUUUUUAACAGCCCAAGUCAAUCCAUUGUAGCGGGAGGAAUUUACAAUAUAGAGAUCACCCUGAGCAGUUCUGCAGCCCUAGAUGCAGGUGUGGUGAACCAGUAUGUUCUGACAAUUACAGGGACCUGCGAUGGGGCCAAUGUCACUGGUCAGCUCUUUGUUAGGAUUAUCGAAGUUGCAGAUCCACAAUGUGAACCAAGAUUUUCUAGCCAAGUUGGAGAUACAGUGACUGUUUACUCCGACAUCCCGGCUUCCAGCCCUAUUUAUAAAGUGGUGUUGCGACAGCCAAAGAACACCCCAGUGAAAUACAGCAUAACAGAUCCUGUUCCUUCACCCUUUACCGUGUCUUCCAGUGGAAGUGUGCUAACCCCAGCUGUGGGGUUCACCAAUGCAGCCAAAACGUACCAGCUGCAGAUUUUGGUGACAGAUUCACUGGGGAAUAAAUGCAAUGGAACUCUGACUGUGGAAGUGCUUUCCGUAUAUGAGAAUCCCAUUAACUUCACGGUGUCAUCCAUAGCAGUAACAAUUCCAGAGACUAAUCAACCAGGCAUGGCAGUCACAACGAUAAAGGCGCAAGGCAACAAUGUCCGGUAUGAGAUGAUAACACCCAGCUCAGCCUAUUACAUUGAAGAAGCUACAGGUGUAAUUCGGAACACUUUUAACCUGGACUUAGAGAGAACCGCUUCCCUGGCCUUCACAAUGCUGCAGAUCAGAGCCUAUGACAAGAAUCAACGCAGCAACAGUGCCAUUGCCACUGUCAACAUUACAGUGCUUGAUGUCAAUGAAAUGGCUCCCUCAUGCACACCUGCUGUGUUUGUGACUCAAGUUCCUGAGACUACAAGUAUUGGUCGAGCAUUGGUGACGUUUAGUUGCAAGGACCCAGAUGUUAGCAACACCACACUCUCUUACACUGUGGUCCCCAAUGCCAAUUCCCUAUACUCGUUUCGUAUGCAAGGGUCUCAACUUCAGGUUAACAAGACCUUGACGUACGACUCGGAGGAAAUAGCCAGCGUGAACUUUCAAUAUGCAGCCACAAUCGUAGUGACAGACAGUGGCACUCCACAGCUUACCACCAGUAUCCCUGUAUUUGUAACUGUCACUCCUGUGAACAACUAUCCCCCUGUAUGUGUUGGACCCAAUAGCUACUCCAUAAAUGAAAACUCGGCAUUUGGGACCUCUGUGGGGCAACUGAAUGCCACGGAUAGAGACUACAAGUUCAACAAUGUUGAAUUCAGCAUCGAAGGAGGCCCAACGCCACCCGUUUUUUACAUCAACCCCAGAAGUGGAGAGAUUAACCUCCUUGGCAAUUUGGAUUUUGAGACUAAAUCCAGCUACUCACUCCGGAUCAAAGUGGUAGAUCUUAAUAAUGACAUCAUACCUGAUCCCGUGAAUCAGAAGACUGCCUACUGCAGCAUUACCAUCAGUGUACUGGAUUAUAAUGAUAACCCACCAGAAUGUAAUCCUCCUUAUCAGACUACUACGAUUUAUUCUACCCUUUCUACUGGAAGCGACAUCGUGACAUUGACAUGUACUGACAAGGAUCCCACCAGCGUGUUGAGUUACAGUAUCGUGGGUGGUAACACAAACAACCGCUUUUCUAUGAAUGGGAACAAUCUCAGACACAGCAACUUCUCAUACAAUCCUGAUGGCAUAUUCGACCCUCAAACCUUUGAACUUCUCAUUAAAGUGACUGACAGCACCACCAGCCCUCGGUUCACUACUACAGCAACUGUGUUUGUAAACGUAGUGCCUUGGACCACAACAAAACCCACCACUACAACAACUACUCCUACUCCAAAAAAGCAAACCAAGAUUGUCACUGAGACAUUGACAUACUGGCAGCCAGAUAUCUGGUUUAUGGUAGUACUGACACUGACCGGAGCUCUGUUUCUUACUGCUUUGGCACUAUUGGCCUGGAAAUUGGCCAAAGGGUUCCGAUUUUGCUCUCAAAGUGCAAAAGAAGCAACCCAACCCCUUCUGCAGAACAGCUCAGCAACAGAAGUUGAGCGCCCUGUGGAUACAACAAAGCAACAGCCACCAGAGAAAGAAAAGAAAGAUAUUGCUCCUCUCAGUCCACUGAGCUUGCAGUUUGAUGGAAGAGCUCAAGAUCCAGUUACGGGACGAGAGUAUCUAUUUAACAGCCACACCGGUGAAAGACGCUGGCUUUGAGAACGGGGGGAAAAAAACGACCAUUUGGUUUCCAGCCUUCCACAAGAUCAGUUAUAACAUUUGUUUGAUGUCCAGAAAAAUUAAACUACACCAAAUUGACUAUUUUAUUAUACAUAUCUGUUAAAGUGAUUUUCAAUAAAAUAAUAUAAUGAAAAUGCA